GAAACGCCAAGUAGAGCGCGAGCCAGUAUUCGAAAGGAACUCUGCGGUGUCACGCGUGCGGUGCGCGCGGUCUCCUUUCUAUUUACCAAUUGAUCGAUUCGACGCGCGAAAAAUAAUCGAAGGAAAAGAAAACGAAAACAAAAGGUGCAUCAUCGCAAAUACUGGAUUACCCUUUCUCGCGAGAUCUCGUGAGGCAGGGAACGCUAAGAAGAGCGCAAUGUCAGCAGCCGUGAGGGAGAGAACGACAACGCACACCAGCAGAAAGAUCGUGAGUCAUGGCGGUCCUAUAUCUGGCCAGAGCCAGCCAGCAACCACGGCCAACAGCAGCCUCGAAAACAACUUGGAUGCUCUUCUCGAGGACUUGCAAACAAGCGUCUCGAGAAGUACCACCCCUAAUCGAGGAGGCAGACCGCUGUCGCCCCAAGUAGAGUAUCGCGUGGCUGCGAAUCCAACCAAGGUGGUGUCCGAAGUCAGAUCUAUUUCACCGUCGCGAACGAUGACGACCUCGAUGGAGAAGUACGUGAGCACUGGACCGAGUGGCUCAGCAACUGGUAUACCCGGUUUAGAAUUCAUCGAUUCGGAACUACAAAAUGUACAACCCGGUCAAAGUAAAACGAUCGCUUAUAAGCAGGUGUCGUAUCAGUACAACAAAAACCUCGAUGGAAAGCCUGGUGGCGAUACCUGGAUAGCACCGGACAAUACGAUGUCUAGCUCGGCCUUGAUCGAUAACAUACGAGAAAGAACUUACGAAGAAAAUACAAUUCAACGAGCUUUAGAACCUGCUAGCAAAACAUUCAAUAGAGAAUUAGUAUACAGCGACGGUUCUGCGCCUCGUUCAAAACAGACUUCACCUUUACCUGGUCUGCAACAGCGAGACGUAAAAUAUAUUCAUGAAUCUUCGAGUUAUCAGGCAGAAUCGACACCGAGUACGGUAACUACCGUCCAUGCGAAUACCGGCCAAGAAUACGGAAAUGUGGAAUAUAUACCAGUUCCAUCGCCAACGCCAUCGAUACCCAUCAAUCUGGCACCUGGACCAAACACAAAAGUCACGACCACCAUAAAAACGUACACCUACGAAUUACCAGGAGCACCCGAGACAUAUUUACCAGGUGGCGGUAUGCCAGGAACUGUGGUACUUCCAGGUGACCAAAGAAUUACGUAUACAUUACCGAAAGCCGGUAGCACUGCCACCGAUAAGACGGUCACCUAUCAAACUGCGACUGAAAACGUUCCACCUAAAACACCGACUAGGUAUGGCAGUCCACCCCUUCUAACGGACAUUACCAAAAAGUCUGCAACGUUGCACCAAGAAUCAAAAUUCUUCCGCGAAGAACACUACGGAGGUCAACCAGGACAACCAACUACAGUUGCCUAUCAUCCCGGUUCACCAGUCCAGACUACAGUCACGCGAAAUGAAAAGUACUAUCAAGUCGAAGGUGGUGGUGGUGGUGGUGGUGGCGGCGGCAGCAGUUACCCUAAUGGCCACGGUCCUGGUGAUCGACCAGAUUAUCCUGGAACCACGGUCAUGUAUCAAAACGAGCCACCACUCACCACUGUAAACGAAACUCAUACCACUAUAAAUCGAAUCGAGGAACAUUACCCUAGUCGUCCACCGUCCAGUGGACGAUAUCCGACACCUGAUAAACCAGCAACACCGGCUAACUAUUAUACCGUACCGCCACAGAUCACUCCACCGCAACCUUCCACGACUAUAUAUAAAUUUUCCAACACGACUACGACUGUACCGCCUAGCAAGAAUGCCGAAGACCACGAAGUGUUGUUACCUAAACCGUUCCCAGUCGGGAGCGUUCAAGUCUGUCCCUCUAAGCCUGCUACAGUUGAGCAAACUCCACCUAAAAAGUUGGAAGAUCUAAUGGCAUCGUUCUCUGAUUCUGAGCGCGAAGUGCUGCAUAACAUUGAAAAAAGGGAAAAAGUACAACAAAAAGAAUCUUCAGCCGUUAAAAAAGAAGUCGACUUUGUGCCGCAUACGCCGCCCAAAGUAAAAAGUAAAAAUGUUGCCGGACCUCCAGUUUACUAUCCUCCUGGAUCAGCGGAAUUCACUAAAAAGGAAGAAUCUAGCGCGGCAAUGUCGCAAUCCGGUGGCGGAUGGGAAAAGGCUAGUGCAAAAUACGAAUACGAAGCAUCCAGUAAAAGCAAAUCGAAAUCCAAAAGCGGUGCUGCUGUAGUUCCCGUUUGUUUGCCUCUUUGUUGUGCUUUGCCGUGUGUAAUUAUGUAACGCAUUAUCAAAUUAAUAUUUCCGUACCGAUCAGCGAUAUUAACACGUUACACUAAUUGAUACUUUAAACGAAAAUGUGUCUGAAUUUACCAGUCUUCCGUCAUUUACGUAAGCUAUACGGCAUAAAUGACAUUUUUCUUUCUGUUUGUUUCAACACAACGAACAAUUUAAGAUGUACAGUAGCAAGUGGAAGAAAUAGUCAACUUGGUUCUCUAUUAAGAAUUGGUACAAUUAUAAUUUCGCGGAAAAAAAUAAUAACAAGAACCGAUAAGUAGAAACAUCGUAAAUAUAAAUUACAUUAUAAUAGAGAAUAUAAACGCAUUACGCUUUACCAUUUUUCAAUAGUUGAUAAACUACGAUAAUACACGGUCGCUUCAGUUCUUUCAUUCUUGCCUUUGUGAGUUUUCAUUUUCUUUGUAAUUGUUACAAGUUAUAACGUAUGGUGUAAAAAUGUGUGUGUAUGUGUUUUUUUUUUCAUACGUAACACUGAGAGUAUGUUGAUGCAUAUAACGUGGAACUGAAAAACGGUAGAGGGGUACGAUUCACGAUUAACCGAUAUUAGACUACUCAUUCUAUGUAUAAUCGACGAUACCCUUCACGCAUUUCUUUUUCUUUCGGAGUACAAAGUCAUCGAUUCCACGAUAUUAUGAAAGUAAAUUUCAUCGAAUAUUUUAUUAUAUUUUCAUUUUUUUAUGUUUAAAUUAUUUAUUCUUUUUUUGAUUCUUUCAAAAAUAUUCUUAAUGCUUGUCAUAUGUCUUGCGAUAUUUAUAUUUAAUUAUAUAUGCAAAUGAGCGCUGAUAUAUAUAUAUUGUUUUAAACUGACGUACUUUGUUUGAUCGCUUUAUUAUAAAAUUUAUAAUUACAUCCAAAACUUGUUUUCUAAACUAUAGGGAAACAAAUUAUAGAGAGGAAUGGGAUAGGACAAUUUAACAUAAAUAAUAUAUAAAUAUACAUAUAUCCUUUUGUAUUGUUAUAUUAUUAAAACAAUAUUAUUGUAUGUACAAUAUAUUAUCAAGCAUAUAAAAUUUGUACUUGUAGUCCAAUUGGACUGCUAACUUCCUCUUAUACAAUAACUAGGUAUCUAUCUACCACAUACCAACAGUUGUUUAUAUAUUUAAACAAAAUUCAAAUUAUAUUCGAAAUAUAAUUUAAUUUGUUACAUACGUAACGAAUGGAUAUGAAACGUCCAUAUACCGUGCUUGAAACGUGUAAUACAAUAAUAAUAUUAGUAAUUACUCUUGGUAGUUUAGAGCAACGUUGGUGAAAAUAAUUUAAUUAAAUGCCAUAGCCACAAACUUAACUGUUUUUAACGAAACGUAACUAAAAAUUUCUUUGUUAUUUUAAGAUAAUACUGUGAAUUAUGGUGCUAUAAUAAUUCUAGGAAACACAAACAUGUAAAUAUAGUGCACACUCGUUGCAAUACAUCUAAGUGUGUUAUAAAAUACAUGAAUACAAAUACUAUCUUUAUAUACAUAUAUGUAAAAAAAUAGUACCAGACCGAUAUAUAUAAGAAGCGUGUUAAACAAGUAAUAACAGCAGCUUGUACUUUCAACGAUAGCAUCCGAAUCCCCUAUAAAUCCGAUCGCUCUUUAUUUUCCUCCAACAUCCGUGACACUUUAUAAAUAGUCUUAUCAAAAGUAGCGAAUUUUGUCAGAGAAUAUUUGAAGGCAUACCAUCUCUAGUAAAAAUAUACAGCAUACACAGUAGCCACACAGAAUAUAGUGUCCUGAAAAAGUUGUACCUAUUGUAUGUAUCCAAUGCUAUAUAUGGAUAAAGAUAAAACCAUAUGUGCCCAA